UAUCCGGUGAAUGCUGUGGUCCCCAUUCCAAUUGUACUGUAGGAGUUAAUGGAACUGAAUGCAAUUGCUAUUUUGGAUUUUACGAAGUAAAUAGAACAUGCCAACUUUGUGAUUGUGGAGCGAAUGGUUUUUGUGAGGUGGUACUGAAAACUACGAAAAGGUGCACAUGCUAUGAAUCCUUUCAUGAAAUUAGUGGAAAAUGUGUGGCCCUCCCUCAGAUGGCCCCAUGGAAAAUUGUUGUAAUCGUCAUUUCAGUCAUUAUUUUAUUGAUUUUCUUAGUUAUAGCAACACUUCUAAUCAAGAAGCCAGAUUGGGUAGAAAACUUCUUCCAAAGGAAUUAACCAUAAGUUCUAUCAAGUAUAAGGAUUCGUUGUACCUCCUAUGAUGUCUCACUUUAUAUUGGUGUUUAGAUCCAUGACUGUUGUUGUUAUCGAAGAAAUAAAACAAUUUUGGUUGCAUUAUAAAAAUCAAAUUCGAAAUCUUCUUGCCAUGCAAAGACAUGUCAUCUGGCUUACGAAGUCUACUUCUUUAGAUCUUUGGAAGACAAAGUUCUCUCUUACGCUGUUCAGACUUACACAAAAUGUAAUGUUUUGUUUAGAAUGUCAGAGAAAUAUCCUGCUAUAAAGUUCCAGCACGUAAUGGAUACUUUAGAUCUCCGGCUACUCUUGAUUCAGGGUAAUUUGAUCCAAUACAAUCAUUAAAUAAUGUAAAACAAUCCAAUAAUAAAAAAGCAGCUUGAUUUAUAAUACAGA